AUGUUGAUAAAUCGUAGUAAACGAAUCAAUCCAAAUCUCUCUCUCUUUUUCUCUCACUCUCUUUUUCACUCUCUCUCUCACUCUCUCUCUCUCUCUCUCUCUCUCUCUCUCUCUCUCUCUUUUCAUUUUAUUGGAUUCUGUUUCUCUCUUCUUUCUCAAACGCUUUUUCUCCACAUCUUGCUAUAUCUUAUUUCACGCUUUCUUCCUCUCUCCUUCUUCACCUCUCUCCCCUUCUUCCUCUCUCUCUCUCCUUCUCCCUCUCUCUCUCUCUCUCUCUCUCUCUCUAUAAAAAUCAUUCUCGCAUUUGUUUUUCUCUUUCCGAAGUCACAAUUUCUCGCCUCUAACAUUUCAAUACUUAUUCACCAAUACAUUUGUCUUUCACUCGCGUAUUGUACCUUUGUCUUUUCUCUCUCACCUCCUCAACUGAUGCCGCACUUUUCCAACAGCACCCUCCCCCCAUCCGUUUGUUUGAUUUCUCAUUCUACCCUUAUCUCUCUCUUUCUCUUUCUCUCUACAACUCUCUCUCUCUAUUUGAUCCUGUUUCUCUUUUUCUCUCUCUCUCUCUCUCUCUCUCUCUCUCUCUCUCUCUCUCUCUGCCAUUCUUGUGUCCAUUUAUAUCUAUCUGUUGAGCUCAGCCUGUUUAUAUCUAUCUAUCUAUCUAUCUAUCUAUCUAUCUAUCCCAGUUUGUUCAUAUCUCAGUAUAUUUAUAUCUAUCUAUCGAGCUAUCUCAGUUUGUUCCCAUCUAUUUCUUCAUAUCUAUCUCAGUUUGUUCAUAUCUAUCUAUCUAUCUAUCUAUCUAUCUAUCUAUCUAUCUAUCUAUCUAUCUAUCUGUCCGCUUCUAUCUAUCUAUCUGUCUAA